AUGGCCUAUUUCCAGCAUACAUUAUACGAAGUUAUACGAUCAGAACACCGAAGCCGGAGUGAUCGCCGAGAGCAGAGAGCCACUGGCCCCCUUCCCAUAGCUGCUCCUCCACUGCCCGCCUACCCGCCAGCUCACAGCCAGAGGAGGCGCGAGGUGAAGGACCGCCACUUCCUAACGUUUAACAGCACCCGUUCGCCCUCCCCCACUGAGUGUUGCCACAUGACCCCAUGGAGUAGAAAGUCCCAUCCUCCAGAGGAUGAAGAUACAGAUGUCAUGUUAGGGCAGAGGCCAAAAAACCCAAUACACAAUAUCCCCUCUACACUGGACAAGCAGACCAACUGGAGCAAAGCACUACCUCUCCCGACGCCGGAGGAGAAGAUGAAACAAGAUGCCCAAGUGAUUUCUUCUUGCAUUAUUCCCAUCAAUGUCACUGGAGUUGGUUUUGACAGAGAGGCUAGCAUACGCUGCUCUCUGGUUCAUUCACAAUCCGUGCUUCAGCGGAGACGAAAAUUAAGAAGGAGAAAAACCAUCUCGGGUAUCCCCAGGAGAGUUCAACAAGAAAUAGAUUCUGACGAAUCGCCAGUGGCCAGAGAAAGGAAUGUGAUUGUGCACACAAACCCAGACCCCUCCAACUCUGCCAACAGGCGGUCCGGAACCAGGGACUCUGAGUGCCAAACCGAGGACAUUCCGAUUGCUGCCCCCUCCAGGAGGAGAAUCAGAGCUCAGAGGGGCCAGAGCAUUGCCGCUUCCCUUUCUCAUUCUGCUGGCAACAUUUCUGCACUGGCAGACAAAGGCGAUGCCAUGUUUACUACUGCAGUGAACAGCCGCACAAGAUCUCGCAGCCUGCCCCGGGAGGGUAAUAGAGGUGGGGAUGCUGAGCCCAAAGUCAGUGCUAAACCCUCAGCAUAUGAAGAGGGAGAGACUUUCGUGGGUGACCAUGAGAGGACCCCUAAUGACUGCAGUGAGGCUCCCAGCAGUCCGAGCACACAGGAACGCCAGCCUGCUCUGGGCCUGGCCUGUUCUCAGCAUCUUCACAGCCCGCAGCACAAGUUAAGUGAGAGAGGGAGGUCGCGUCUGUCCCGAAUGGCUGCCGACUCUGGCAGCUGCGAUAUCUCCUCAAACUCAGACACCUUUGGAAGUCCCAUCCACUGCAUCUCCACGGCUGGCGUCCUCCUCAGCAGCCACAUGGACCAGAAAGACGACCACCAAUCAUCCAGUGGUAACUGGAGUGGGAGCAGCUCCACGUGCCCCUCACAGACCUCAGAAACAAUCCCUCCUGCAGCUUCUCCUCCCCUCACUGGCUCUUCGCACUGUGACUCAGAGUUAUCACUAAACACGGCCCCUCAUGCUAAUGAUGAUGCCAGUGUCUUUGUAACAGAGCAGUACAGUGACCACUUAGAUAAGGUGAGAGGUCACCGGGCAAACUCCUUUACCUCCACCGUCGCAGAUCUGCUGGAUGACCCCAACAACAGCAACACAAGCGACAGUGAGUGGAAUUACCUGCACCACCAUCACGAUGCCUCCUGCUGCCAGGAUUUUAGUCCUGAGCAUCCCAAGGCAGACAGCCUGGGCUGCCCGAGCUUCACAAGCAUGGCCACUUAUGACAGCUUUCUGGAAAAGUCUCCAUCGGACAAAGCAGACACUAGCUCCCACUUUUCGGUAGACACAGAAGGUUACUAUACCUCCAUGCAUUUUGACUGUGGUCUCAAAGGUAAUAAGAGCUAUGUCUGUCACUAUGCAGCCCUAGGCCCAGAAAAUGGCCAGGGUUCUGAAGAAGUUAAGCAAAAAGAAGGCAACAGUACAGAUCUCCCCUACUUAGAGGAAAACGCUCUCACAAUGGCUGCCUUGUCUCCAGGUAAGAUUAGGCCACAUACAGCGAAGAAAUCAAUAUCACAUCAGUACUCCACUGAAGACACCAUACUGUCCUUUUUAGACUCCUCUGCAGUUGAGAUGGGACCAGAUAAGCUAUAUUUAGAAAAAAACUCUACUUUUGAUGUGAAGAAUCAUUGCAAUCCAGAAACUGUAACCUCAGCUGGUAGCAAUCUUCUAGAUUCAAAUGUCACAAAAGACCAAAUUCAUACGGACAGUGGGCCUAUUCCAGGAAACACACCAAGUAAAAACUAUGAUUUUUCUACAGAAGGAUUUCAGAGGGUCUCUGCUGCCCGCCCACAUGAUUUGGACGGUAAAAUAAUACUAUAUGGAGCUGGUCCAGAUGGAAUCCGAGAGCAGGUACAGAAGGCAUCCUCUGUAGAUCGCGAGGAAGUCUCACAAUUUGUAUCUGGGGAUGCAAUCACAUCUCAGUCAAACUCACCAACUAGAGCAGCAGACUUAAGCAGUCAGCUUAAGCAUCAACUCGUUAUAAGCCGCCACCACAACAAAGUGCCUGGGAAUAUCAGCUGUGAAUCAGAGAUGACAACUGUAAAUCCAUUCCUUGAAAAAUGUUCUGAGCAGGAAAAUAUUGCUUCAGGUAUUUCACCCAAAAGUGCCUCUGAUAACGGCAGAGCAGAGGAGACCCCAGAAGGUGUGGAUGAGGCUUCAUUGAAAGAAUCAUCACCGAGCGAUGACUCCGUCAUUUCCCCACUCAGUGAAGACUCUCAAGCCGAAGCGGAGGGUGUGUUCGUGUCUCCAAACAAACCUCGAACAACUGAGGAUUUAUUUGCAGUCAUUCACAGAUCUAAGAGGAAAGUACUUGGAAGAAAAGAUUCCGGGGACACGUCUAUUCGAAGCAAAUCGAGAGCUCCCCUUGGCAGCAGCAGCAGCAGCAGCAGCAGCGCCAGUUCUGUCACUUCACCCAGCAGCAAUGUGACAACCCCAAACAGCCAGAGGUCUCCUGGUCUCAUCUACCGAAAUGCCAAAAAGUCCAACACAUCAAACGAAGAGUUUAAGCUGUUACUCCUCAAGAAAGGCAGUCGCUCAGAUUCCAGUUACCGCAUGUCUGCCACUGAGAUCCUGAAGAGUCCCAUCCUGCCCAAACCUCCUGGGGAGCUCACAGCCGAGUCCCCUCAAAGCACCGAUGAUGCCCAUCAGGGGUCACCUGGGGCCGAGGCACUGUCCCCUCUCUCACCAUGCUCCCCACGAGUUAAUGCUGAAGGGUUUUCCUCAAAGAACUUUGCCACCUCAGCAUCGGCAAGGGUUGGACGUUCCCGGGCACCCCCUGCGGCCAGCAGCAGCCGCUACAGUGUCCGCUGCCGGAUGUACAACACGCCCAUGCAGGUGAUCUCCGAGGGAGAGACAGAAAAUUCCGAUGGGAGCCCACACGACGACCGCUCCUCCCAGAGCUCCACAUAGGCUACCUGUGCCAGGCUGCCUGUCAAACACCCAAACCCCUAGUUAUAUGAGGAUGUAGGAUCGGAACAGGGGACUCCGGGGAAGUCACAACAGGAUGGGGUAGCAUCGCUGCUUAGCAAUGAAUUUCCAAAUAUACGCUGGGGAAAUGGGAAGUGGUUUAGUCACUCUUGAUCAGUUUCCAUGUUUUAAGUAGCUGCACUGUCUUUCCUGUUUUUCUUUAGCUUAGUUUGAUUUACCCAGUCUCAUUCGUUGUGAUAAUAGAGGAGACAAAACUGUCUAGCUUUCAUGAAACCUAGAAAAAGUUUUCCCAGAGCUGCCUGUUCAGAAAAUAAAGACCUCACUGUCGUGAUUUCUUUAAGAAGAUUAAAUUACUCUGGAGGUUUGGUAUUUUUUUACAUUAAAAUGAACUAAAGCAAAAUUUAGAAGAAAGAACUACACAUAUGUAAAUACCAUAUUUUUGAUAAAAACGUGUAAAUAGAUUUAUCAAUGAUGAGUGGACAUGUGGCCAAUUAUCUACUACACACCAACUGUUUAUACAAAAAUAUUGUACAAAAAUAGUGUAACGACUGUAUUCUGUGAAUACCAUUUUCAUAUCAAAUACCAUAUUUAAAUGUCCACCAAUAUUAUUUCUGAGUGAUAAACCUCAAAUAUGAAUUUAAACUGGUGAAAUAAAGGAGAUCUCGAGGUCGUAUACUGAAAUGUGAUUAAUUUUAAAAUAAUGAAUUCAGACCUAAUCAUUUUUGUGACAAAUUAUAGCACCAAACAAGCUAACAGCAACUUGUGGCUGAUUUGCCAUGUGGUAAUUUGGACAGAAUGAAAAGCAUGCUUUUGAUUUUUUUUUUUUUUAAUUAACGAGAGAAGUCCUAACUCUCAAUACAAUGCCCUGAACAACAGCAUUUGACAGUGUCCUUUAGACUUUAAUUUUUUUCAAUAGAUUGCUUUAAAGAGAAUGAGUAGGGAAAACAGUAGUUAAUUUUAAGUUAUGUUUUAUAUUAGGCUACUGGGGACAUAAACAGUCAUAAUUUAAUGACUAUAAUCUUUAAAUUCCUUAAACAGUUUAGCAAUUAGCUCCA